AUAAAGUUUUUUUAUCCCGACCAGGUACCACAUACCUAGAUCAUGGCUAAAUACAUCUAAUAAUGUACUAGUGAUCUUUGAAGAAACAGAUAGGACUCCAUUUGAGAUUUCCAUCUCUACACGUUCUACUGAAACAAUAUGUGCUCAAGUAUCAGAAAAGCACUAUCCACCUCUUCAUACGUGGUCUCACUCAGAGUUCGACGGGAAAAUUUCUCUGACGGAUAAAGCACCAGAAAUGCACUUGCAAUGUGACGAAGGGCAUACAAUCUCUUCUAUCGAAUUUGCAAGCUAUGGAGAUCCAAAUGGCAGCUGUCAAACGUUUUCUCAAGGCAAAUGUCAUGCUGCAAAUUCCUUGUCUGUUGUGUCUCAGGCUUGUAAGGGAAGAAAUAGUUGCAGCAUUGGCAUUUCCAAUGCCGUAGUUGGAGAUGCAUGUCGACACAUUGUCAAGAGUUUGGCUGUUCAGGCAAAAUGCUCGCCACCACCGGAUCUCAGCAUUUCAGCUUCCUCCUGACAAGGAUCUGGAAAAGCUUUGAUCUUUUAGAAUGAAACCUUCCCUUAAAGCCUACUUGCUGCCCUACCCAAGCUCCUAUAUUGUUACAAUCUAUUGCUGAUGAAUAUGAAUUACUAGUUAUAAUGACUAAAAGCAACAAUGCAAUUGGCUUUAUUGCCUGUCCAGAGAGGUCGUUCUGGUUUCAAUUGGAAUUAGAAUGUACUACCUGUUUAUGACCCAAGUGUGUGGCCUCGUGGUCAAUGAAAUCGAUUGAGAACCAUGAGGUUUUAGGUUCGAAUUCUAUCUGAGGUAAAAUCAUUAGUUGAUAAGGUGAGUUCUUUUCAUUUGUU